AUGUCGGUGGCGGUGAAGGGAGGAAGCUCCGGACCGAAGUCCAAAUGUGCUGCGCGCCUGUGGAAACUUUUCCCCCACCUUUUUCUGUGCCUGUCUCUGGUUGCGUACGCAGCCCUCGGCGCGCUGGUUUUCGAGCAGGUUGAAGGGAAGAACAAGUCCAACGAACUCGAAAAGGACUUCCACACCUUCCUGGGAGAGAUUGUUAACACCACCCAAAGCCUCUCCCGUAAUUCCAACCACACGCAUCAAGACUUGGUGCUGCACGUGAAGAACCUGACACUUACAAAGUUCAAAUCAAUAUGGCUCCAGCAACCAAAAAGAUGGACCUUUUUUGGCUCCAUGUUCUUCUGUUGCACAGUAUUCACAACAAUCGGCUAUGGAGAGAUCUACCCAGUUACCAUCACUGGUAAGGUGCUGUGCGUCUUGUAUGCCAUGGUGGGCAUCCCUCUCAUGCUUCUGGUCAUCAGUGAUGUAGGAGACCUUCUUGCUGUGCUACUGUCCAGAGCCUACCUUCGCUCUCACAAACUGUGCAAAAUGCUCCACUAUCAUACAUGGUCACCCAUGAAGAACCAGGAGAAGGCGGUGGAGGCUACCCACCGGGCCCUGGAGGACGGUACCUUUGUCUUCAGCCAUGAUUUGGUGGUCUGCGAACCUAUGGACAUUCGGCAGGUUUUGCACAGCCAGGCAGAUGUGAAGAAGAAAUCAAUCCAGCUCAGCCACAACAAAGAGAUCUUUGAGAAGAUUCUCACCAGGGAAAACUUCCUCAGACCAGACCCACUGGUCAGGAGCAUCUCUUGCCCAGAAUUGGAUCAAAUGCCGCCGCCACCCAAAGGAUACGCCAUCUGGGACUUCACUGGGAUAGGGAAUGGUAUGGAACAGCUGGAUGUACCUUUUGUCCUUAUUCUCAUCGUGGUGUUUGCCUACAUUCUAUUUGGUGGACUGAUUCUACCUCGGUGGGAAGAUGAAUUCAAGGGCUUUGACCCCUUCUACUUCUGUUUCAUCACACUGACUACUAUUGGCUUUGGGGACAUUGUGCCUAACCACCCCAAGUACUUCAUGCUCACCUCACUCUUCAUCAUUACAGGCAUGGCUAUCAUGUCCAUGGCCUUCAAGCUGGGUCAGUCGCGUAUUGUCAGCUGCUACCGCCAGUGCAUCCAGUUCAUCAGCAGGGGAAAUGUAGAGACAUUUGAAGAUGAAGAGAAUGAUUAA